CUGUUUUACUUUUCAGAGCAAAGUACAUGCGGACACCGUUUCAAGCCAUACACGUUAGNUGAUGUGCCCGAUAUCCACGUGUUACGCACUUAUUUCAGUAGCGGUCGUAUUCACGCGUUUGCUGUACGCAUGGAAACUUGCUGCAGAGCGUCAGUAGCUUUCGGCGAGCCUUACCCACCGCCGUAUUCAAGUAGUGGUAUGCUUGACGUUCUUUUGAACGCAUAUAACAGUGGAUUAUAUAUGGCGGUGCCACUGGCCAUAUAUCCAAAUCGUCAGGCGUGGUUGAACGGAACAAACAUCCCGUAUUACCCAUUCACCUACAGCGCCAUAGACUACCCUUCACUCGUCAGCUUUGUUGAUGAGGAUGUCAGUUCUCCCCUCACUGAUAACGGUCAGGAUGAACCAAAUGGAAAUUGCCAGGCUGUUUGUCCAUCGAAACAGCGCUCUUCCGACUUCCAGAAACGGGUCCAUACGCAAGGUCGUCCCAGGUUAGCUCGAGGAAACGGAGCCGGAGCGGCUGUGCGACGCCCAUUUAUAUGGAGCCAGCGUAAUCCUGCUCGCGGUUCUCAACCUCGGCCCGCGGCAGUAUCCCAAAAGGAAAAUGAAGAUCACGACCAAAAUAAAACGCACCAGACUAAUUCUAAGGGCUCUUCCAAUACUGGCAUUACGAGCACUGCAGCUGAACCAAAACCCAAACCCCUUGGUGUCCGGAACGCGCGCGGAAACAGUACUGGUGCAUUGAGAAGUAAUUACAGUCGUGGACGUGGUUCAACACGACCUCGAUAG